AUGGAUGGGAAUUUAAGUAGAAGCAUAAGUAGGAGUUUGAGUAGGUCAAGUUGGAGAAUGGAGGGAGUGUUUACUAGUGGAAGAUAUUCAAGAAGAACUUCUAAUGUUGAUGAAGAUGAAGAAGCACUUAAAUGGGCUGCAAUAGAGAAAUUACCUACUUAUGAUAGGUUGAGGACAAGUAUUCUUCAAACUUAUGCUGAAGAAUAUCUUGGUGAUGCUGAAGAUCAUCCAAACAAAGUGCAACAUAGGGAAGUUGAUGUUAGGAAGUUGGAUGGGAAUGAAAGACAACAGUUUAUUGAUAAAAUCUUUAAGGUUGCUGAAGAAGAUAAUCAAAAGUAUUUGCAGAAAUUCAGAAACAGAAUUGACAAGGUUGGCAUCAAGCUCCCAACAGUAGAAGUGAGGUUUGAAAAUCUGAGUAUUGAAGCUGAUUCUUAUGUUGGAAGCAGAGCUCUGCCAACUUUACCAAAUGUUGCAUUAAACAUGCUUGAAUCAUCUCUUCGCAUUUUUGGUAUUAGUGCUACAAAGACAACAAAACUCACUAUUCUUAAAAAUGUCUCUGGCAUUAUUAAACCUUCCAGAAUGACCCUUUUACUAGGUCCCCCUUCAUCAGGGAAAACCACCCUUUUGCUAGCUUUGGCUGGAAAAUUAGACACUGACUUGAGGGUGGAGGGAGAAAUCUCUUACAAUGGUUACAAACUUAAUGAAUUUGUCCCUAGAAAAACUUCAGCUUAUAUUAGCCAAAAUGAUGUUCAUUUGGGAGAAAUGACCGUAAAAGAAACAAUGGAUUUUUCGGCUAGAUGUCAAGGAGUUGGGACGCGAUAUGAUCUAUUAUCUGAACUUGCCAGAAGGGAAAAAGAUGCAGGCAUAUUUCCAGAGGCAGAAUUAGACCUUUUCAUGAAAGCUACUGCAAUGGAAGGAACAGAAAGUAGUCUUAUUACUGACUAUACUCUCAAAAUAUUGGGGCUUGAUAUAUGCAAAGAUACUAUUGUGGGUGAUGAAAUGCAAAGAGGCAUAUCUGGUGGUCAGAAAAAGAGAGUAACCACAGGUGAGAUGAUUGUUGGACCAACAAAAGCACUAUUUAUGGAUGAAAUAUCAACUGGUCUUGAUAGUUCCACGACAUACCAAAUAGUAAAAUGUUUCCAACAAAUUGUUCAUCUCACUGAAGCAACCAUAUUCAUGUCCUUACUUCAACCAGCUCCUGAGACUUUCGAUCUAUUUGAUGACAUUGUCUUAAUAUCUGAGGGUCAGAUAGUAUAUCAAGGCCCCCGUGAACAUGUUGUUGAAUUCUUCGAAUCAUGCGGCUUCAAAUGUCCGGAAAGAAAAGGAACUGCAGAUUUCUUGCAAGAGGUUACAUCAAGGAAAGAUCAACAACAAUAUUGGUCAAACAGAAACAUACCAUACCGUUAUGUUACAGUUACGGAAUUCACAAACAGAUUCAAGAAUUUCCACGUCGGAAUGCAGCUUAAUAAUGAAGUAUCUACACGGUUUGAUAAAUCGACAGGACAUAGAGCAGCUCUUGUUUUCAAGAAAUAUACGGUUCCGAAAAUGGGACUUUUGAAAGCAUGUUGGGACAAAGAAUGGCUUUUGAUAAAGAGAAACUCUUUUAUUUACAUAUUCAAGACAGUUCAGAUAUGCAUUAUGGCGGUUAUAUGUGGAACUGUUUUUUUAAGAAGUGAAAUGCAUAGAAGGAAUGAGGAUGAUGCAGCUGUUUAUAUUGGUGCUAUUUUGUUUACUAUAGCUAUGAACAUGUUUAAUGGUUUUUCUGAGCUUCCACUCACAAUUGCUAGACUUCCUGUGUUCUAUAAACAUAGAGACCAUCUUUUUCAUCCUCCAUGGACUUACACUCUCCCCAAUUUUGUUCUAAGAAUCCCUAUUACACUUUUCGAGGCUACUGUUUGGGUUCUUAUUACAUAUAACACCAUUGGACUCGCACCUGAAGCCUCAAGGUUCUUCAAGCAUUUGUUGCUGGUGUUUCUUAUUCAACAAAUGGCAGCUGGGUUGUUUAGGGUAAUAUCAGGAGUUUGUAGGACAAUGAUCAUAGCCAACACUGGUGGAUCUCUCAUGCUUCUUCUUGUUUUCUUACUUGGAGGUUUCAUUCUUCCUAAACGUGACAUUCCAAAUUGGUGGGUCUGGGGCUAUUGGCUUUCUCCAUUGUCAUAUGCUUUCAAUGCUUUAUCGGUUAACGAAAUGUUUGCUCCAAGGUGGAGCAAACCGUCUUCAAAUGGAUCAACAUCAUUGGGUGUAGCCACAUUGGAUAUCUUUGAUGUUUAUAGUAAUGAAAAUUGGUACUGGAUAGGUGUUGGAGUUCUUAUUGGUUUCACUGUUUUAUAUAAUGUUCUGUUCACCCUUUCACUUAUGUACCUUAACCCUAUUGGAAAGAAACAAGCAAUUAUAUCAGAAGAAGAAGCAAGUGAAAUGGAAAUCGGAGGCGAUUCGAAGGAGGAACCGAGACUUGUAAGACAGGAGUCCAACAAAGGGAAUGACACAAGAGAAGUGGCAAUGCAGAGAAUGGGCAGUAGAGGUAAUGCGAGUUCAAAACUCGAGUCUGCCAUUGGAGUUGCACCAAAGAGAGGAAUGGUUCUUCCUUUUCAACCACUUGCCAUGUCUUUUGAUAGUGUUAAUUACUUCGUCGACAUGCCAGCAGAAAUGAAAGAGCAAGGAGUAACAGAUAAUAGACUACAAUUGCUUAGAGAAGUAACUGGUGCAUUUAGGCCUGGAGUUUUAACUGCUUUAAUGGGAGUUAGUGGAGCUGGAAAGACAACACUGAUGGAUGUUUUAGCUGGAAGAAAGACGGGCGGUUACAUUCAAGGAGAUGUUAGAAUCUCUGGCUUCCCCAAGAAUCAACAAACCUUUGCGAGAAUUUCUGGUUACUGUGAACAAACCGAUAUCCAUUCGCCUCAAGUUACUGUCAGAGAAUCCGUUAUUUACUCGGCUUUCCUUCGAUUACCGAGAGAAGUAAAUGACGACGAAAAAAUGAAAUUUGUGGAUGAAGUAAUGAAUUUGGUGGAGCUGGAUAAUCUUAGAGAUGCUAUAGUCGGGCUUCCGGGCGUUACAGGGUUGUCAACCGAACAGCGAAAAAGGCUAACAAUAGCGGUUGAGCUAGUUGCUAAUCCUUCAAUCAUUUUCAUGGAUGAACCUACUUCAGGUCUCGACGCAAGAGCAGCAGCAAUUGUUAUGAGAACAGUGAGAAACACUGUUGAUACUGGUAGAACAGUUGUCUGCACAAUUCACCAGCCUAGUAUCGAUAUCUUUGAAGCCUUCGACGAGUUGCUUUUGUUGAAGAGAGGAGGUCAAGUAAUCUACUCAGGACCAUUAGGAAGGAACUCACACAAGAUUAUAGAAUAUUUCGAGGCUAUUCAAGGGGUCCCUAAAAUUAAGGAUAAGUACAAUCCAGCUACAUGGAUGUUAGAGGUAAGCUCAAUAGCAGCUGAAGUUCGGCUUAGGAUGGACUUUGCCGAAUACUACAAAACAUCAACAUUGCAUCAGAGAAACAAAGCUAUGGUAAGCGAGUUAAGUACACCACCUCCAGGAACAAAAGAUCUAUACUUCACGACUCAGUUUUCUGAAUCAACUUGGGGACAAUUUAAAUCAUGUUUAUGGAAGCAGUGGUUGACAUACUGGAGAAGUCCAGAUUACAAUCUUGUGAGAUUCUUCUUUGCCUUGGCUGCAUCUCUCAUGGUAGGGUCAGUGUUUUGGAAAGCCGGCAAGAAAAGGGAUAGUUCAGCGGACUUGAACACGAUUAUAGGAGCAUUAUACAGUUCUGUAUUUUUUGUUGGUGUCAACAAUUGCCAAACUGUUCAACCAGUUGUAGCCGUGGAAAGAACUGUAUUCUAUAGAGAAAAAGCUGCUGGAAUGUAUUCUGCGUUACCCUACGCCAUCGCUCAGGUUGUUUGUGAAAUACCAUAUGUGUUUGUUGAAACUAUAUAUUUCACAUUCAUCGUGUAUUCAAUGGUGGGCUUUGAAUGGAAAGUAGAGAAAGUGUUAUGGUUCUUCUUCGUGAGCUUCUUUUCCUUCUUGUACUUCACAUAUUAUGGAAUGAUGACAGUUUCAAUUACACCAAAUCAUCAAGUAGCAUCAAUCUUUGGAGCAGCAUUUUAUGGACUCUUCAAUCUCUUUUCUGGUUUCUUUAUCCCAAGACCAAAAAUUCCGAAAUGGUGGGUUUGGUACUACUGGAUUUGUCCGGUUGCGUGGACAGUGUAUGGAUUAAUCGUGUCGCAAUAUAGAGAUGUGACAAAAGGAAUAACUGUGGCCGGAGAGAGCGGAGAAACUCCGAUCAAUAAGUUUAUUGAAGAUCAUUAUGGGUUCAAAACAGAUUUCAUGGGACCAGUUGCUGCUGUUUUGGUUACCUUUGCUGUGUUUUUUGCCUUUGUGUUUGCCUUCAGCAUCAAGACACUCAACUUCCAAACCAGAUGA